UAUGUAUUCAGGAGCUGUUAAAAAUGAAUCUGCUAUGACCCAAAGUGACCAGCGGGUGGCGCCCAUGUUCCACUUUCGAACCGUACUUUCCUCUGAUUCCACUUCACUCACUGCAAUCAGUCAAUUUGAAUGGAUCUUAUAUGCAGAAGCAGCAGUUGUAAACUAUGUGUGAGAGAGCUAUAACAAAAAUAAAUAAUAAAAAAAAAACAAAUAAAUAAAUAGCUGGCUUAUGGCACACACAUAACUUAGAGAAUUGCGAGUAAAUUGCCUUUAUUCCUUAUGAUUGUUAUGACAGUUAUGGUCUUAUUGUGUUGUCAGUUCCUUGACUGUAAUAAGUUAUUAUUAACAUUACGAUAGUUGCUGUAUAGCAGACUCGCAUUCUCAAACGAAAUGACCUAGUAUUUUGAAAGUAUUUUGAGUGCACAUGUCAAUUAAGUAAUUGAGCUGAAGUGAGUGAGAGAGUCAGAGAGAGAGGAGGGCGCUGUGUCUGACAGUUGGCUCCAGACAGACUUAUAACGUUAGUGGCUGCAGAUGAAGUUUUCAGUCACACUGCACCGUGGGGCUCUUUAGGAAUUCAUAUUAACCAUCAGGACUCUCUAUCUCCUGACUGAGAUGUUGCGAUGUUCCGUGCAGCCUCACAAAUCGUGGACUUGUUUUGGCUGAUUUUGUUUUAUUUUGUUGUUCUACCGGAGACUGGCUGCAGAUCAGCCGAUGUGGACAGCUGUCAUGAGGUGAAGACAGCCUACAUGAUGCGCCAAAUAGGCCCGGUGGAGCUGGUGCCAGACAGGCCGGGAACAGAUGAGUCUCUCCGAGUGUGUGAGCACCCUGGGCCUAGCUGCUGUACCAGUAAGAUGGAGGACAGCUACAUGGCGGCUGUUCGCAGUGAGACGCAGCAGAAGAUGCGGUCCUACAGCUUUGAACUUAAGUACCUGAUCGCUGGACACACCAAGGCCUACCAAGAGACCUUCGAGUCGCUCGUGUCCUUCACAUCUAACCUGACCAGCACUCUGUUCGACAGCGCCUACUCUGCUCUGGCGUCCGACUGUCGGCCCCUUGUGUUUCAGCUGUUCAGCAACAUCAAACGGCACCUUUCUGGAGACUCUAAUUCCUCAUUGGACAACACUGUGCGUCAGUUCUACAAUGAUCUUUUCCCGCUGGUCUACCGCCGCCUGCUCAACCCUGGGAUCGGCCACAUGUCACCCCAGUCCCAUUCCUCCCCCUUCCCCAAUCAUGACGACUGCCUCCGGAUGACGCGGCAGGAUGUCAGCCCGUUCGGACCCCAUCCUCACCUCCUGGUCAGCAGCUUGUCCCGUGCACUCGGGGCGGGCCGAGCACUGAGCCGACUGCUGAGACUGGCUGGAGAGGUUGUGAAUGCGACCGAGAAGGCGACGUUAUCCAGAGAGUGUGGGCGAGGCUUAGUGAGGAUGCAGUACUGUUCCCACUGCAGAGGGCUGACACUAAUACGGCCCUGUACCGGACUGUGUGUCAACAUUAUGAGAGGAUGUCUGGUGGGUGUAUCAGAGCUUGGCACCCCCUGGGGGAGUUUGGUGGUGUUGCUCGAACGGUUAGCUGCUACUUUAGCAACCAGCAGCAACCACAACAGCAUGGAGUUGGCUCUGUUGGCAGUCCGAAAUCAUGUGAAUGAUGCUAUACUGCACGCUCAGCUGCACGGGCCACGCAUUACAGCCACAGUAGAGAAGGUGUGUGGAUCCCAGGCAGCUGGUCCCUUGAUGCCAAGUGCAAAUCCCACCACCUCGGAUGUUACAGCCUCUGUGAGCCCUGCUACAUCAGUAACCUCACAGAGCUCACCUGUGACAUCGCCUCCUUCAGUGGGUCAUCAGCGUCUGCAGCUACAAUCCCGGAGGUCAUUCCUUCUCAAAGGUUCCAGAGGAGACAAGAGUCGCAGCCUGAAAAAACUAUCAAGGGAGUUUGAGGGCUCUAUCCAGCGGUACCAGUGGUUUUUCUCAGAGUUGCCAGAAAUGCUUUGUGAAAGUGAGAUGGAGGUUGAGCAGCACACAUGCUGGAGUGGCAAAGACGUCGUAGAGAGUUAUGCAGGUCGUGUGGUUGGCAGCAGUUUAAAAGCCCAGAGGGAGAACCCAGAGAUGACCAUCCGUAAUACAGAUCCUGUCCUGAAGGGGGCGAAACAGAGGCUGGAGCAGCUAACACAGGAGCUGUUAGUGGAGCUCGGCUGGGCGAGCAAAACCAGAGGAAAAGUGGAGGAAGAGGAGGGAGGGAGUGCACAGACAGAGAGAGGCAGUGGAGACGACUGUGAUGAUGAAGAUGGCUGUGAAGCAUCUGGUGAGGAGAACGGUGAUGAGACAGGUGAUACAUCCAGUGGUCGUACUCCAGCAACAAAUGACAAGGCUCCUCCUCUGCCUCCUCGCCCCGUCCCUCCUCAUCACCUCUCACCUCCACAGGUGGCUGUUCGAGGCUCAGCCUACACGUUGUCUGUUGAACCGUUACCUUUGACCCUGGUGACCCUGCUGCUCCUACUGCUGUCGCCAUGGGAACACCGCUGAUUAUGCAAAGAUGGUCCCUGAGACUGACAGAGACAAAAAGACAGAGAGACCACCACAUAUGUUUUGUGGUGAAGUUGAGUAUUUGGGUGGCCCGGCUGGUGGGACAAGCUGUUGAUUCAUCACAGUUGCAGGUGCACAGUAUGCAUUUUUAUGUUACCUGUACUGACCUCUGUUUGUUUAUUUGUAUUUAACUCUGAUCGGAUAGGUUGCCCAGCACUACUGACUUUUUUGAAGAGAGAUGUAAAUACAAAUAUAUAUAUAUAUACAUAUAUAUAUAUACAUUAUAUUUAUAUAAAGAAAUUCUAUAGAUAACUAUGGCUUGAUGUGUAAAUAGAGAUUAAUAUAGAACAGAGCAUAUUGACUUAGACGUUAAGGGGUGUUUGGUUUGGUUUGACCUUUACAUCAUGUAUCCCCCACAGAGAUUAAGAUCCAUGACAGCUAUAGUUCAAGCUGAAGGCCUUCACUGUAGCAGCAGUGUACUUACAAUGAAGACACACGUGUGAGGACUUAUUAAUGUUGAAGAGAACUCUGUACAGAGAGCUGAACAUAGGCUGGUUUUCCCGAUAGGCAAAACAACCAAUUAUGGGAUACUUCAGACUAUUUACAGAUGGUCAUGCAGCAUAAUGAAGAAUUACAGUUUGGCCUGUAAGCCUUCACAGACUGAAGCCCAUCUGGCAAUUUUCUUUCACACAAAUGCUCUCUUCUUCAUGCUAGGUGAUUUUUUUGUAUUUCCGCAGCAAGUAUGCUGAGAGUUUUAACUGUAACACUUGCUUAAAAUUUUUAUUCCUCCAGAAAUGACUCUUUAAUAUCAGAGGUCUCUCCCAAGAAGAUGUGUCCUCUGGUAGUGUGUCAUUUCUAGGCAUAUUACAUUUUAUAGUCUUGGUAGUUGUGGGAAAAAUUUGUUAAGACUAUUCUCUUCUCAAGGUGUACAGUGUGCAGAGUUGUAAAAGCACAACAGGGAGGAAUGUAACAGUUUCCAUUUCAACUUCAAUUUCACUUGUAAGCUGCCACAGCCAUCCUCGACAAAAAGCGCUGUUAAAAAUGAGAGUAUCUUAAACAGUAAAAAGCACCUAAUACAAGAAAAGACUAAAUAUGGACCAUAUUUAGGAGCAAGACCCAACCAUCUGCCUUUUCAUAUGCAAACACUGAACUGUCACAGUGAUUUCAAAGGCUGGGUUGUCUCCGAAUGUAUUCAUUAAAACUGCAAUAUCCUGUGAGAUAAUAUAUAAGAAAGCCCACCAAAUACUAUAUAGUUACGGCUUUUUUCUAACUCUGAUACAUGUGUUAUUAGCUUGUCUCCGUAUCCAGUGAAGACAAGAGAUGGAGUAUCAAGUGUGAUCAGAGUACAGCUGAGCCCAGACCCAAACAUGUGAAUUAAAUGUAAUUCAUAUUAAUUAGGACUAUCAAGUCCUCCCGGCUCUCUGUUGAGUCUCAAACCACCCAAACUGCACACAACAGCAGGACAGACAACUGGAAUACUGAUUAAAUAAAUUCAAUACGGAGCAAAUUAACCAGCUGAAGGACGCUGUGUGCAUUUCUGUCAGUGUGUGACUUGACUUUCUUCUCAGACUUAUCACCAUUUUGUCCCAUAUAGGCAUUUGACAAUAGCAAAAUUCCCAUAUAAAUGUGUCUUCUUUCAUCACCCGAGACAGUAUAUUUAUCAAGGAAUGUGACUGACAGAUGAGACAAUUUAAGAAAUACCAUUAAGAGCCAAAAUGUGUGAGUUAUUUGGACAGUGAGCCCAAAUACCAUGUUAGCUAGCGGGAUGCUUUUACAACAUAAUCUUUUCAAACAAAUGUAAACGUUAUACCCAAAUGAGUUAAGAUUUUGGAUUCAAGCCAACCCUUCCACCUUUCACAGCCCUUGCUAAGCGACCUACAUCAACCAAUGCACAUACAGAUAAGUGGAUAUAUAAAAUGGAUGGAUACACACUAUUUUAUUGUUUCUCACCCUGGAAUAAGACCACAGUGGGAUAUUGACAGCAAUUUUGGAUAUUUUGAAAAUGUAAAAAAUAAAUAUUUCAUAUAUUUUAUCUGCUUAUAAACUGUAUAAAACAUAAAAUAAUGAGCAUUUACAGCUCUCUUGUGUAAUAAUUCAAAUUAAAUCAUUCAAAGUGAAGAUGAAAUUGUUUAUUUGGUGUUACAAGUCGUCAUUCUGUGGAUGCUCACCUUCAUGUGUGAGCUACAAACUGCCAUCUGUGGAUACAAGUUGAAAUGUUGACAAAUCUUUGUAGUGAAUGAAGUGUGAAUCUUGUUAGUGCAUAUUUGUAUAUGAGUUCGAGCAAUAUUAUAUCAAGCAUAGAAAUUACUUCCUGUUGUUCCUCUAGCGCUGUGUUGUCAUAAUGGUUCUCAGCAUGUGUGUUGAGGCACACUGGUGUGCCAUGGAGUGAGCUGUGCUGUGUCAUUGUUGUAUAAAAUGAUUAAAUGUACUUAAUCAAGGUUUAACAGAUCUUUUUGUUUAGAAAUAAAAAAUGUUGUUGUAGUAAUGUAGCAGCAUGCAGGAACACCAGGAUGCAACAAACAGUCAGUAAGCAACAGUACUCACCACACUGAACACUACUGUGCUAAUUUUAAAAAACUAAACCAGUGACUCUCAUGUGAAAUGUAAAUAAACCUACUGUAAUACACUGUGUCCUGCUGCUCUGUUGUGUCAUUAAUCUUCAGCUUAAUAUCCUCACUAAUAAACUGUUUUCAAAUACA